GCCGUUGUGUUGUUAUCACCUUUGAAUAACAAUGGCCGCCGAAAGGUUCAAUGUAAUGUCUCCUACGGAUAGUUGAUAGCGGAUAAGAUACUGAAAUGGAAAGCGUUAUUGAUGGAUCCGGACGUGAAGCCGUUUCUUUGGCAGUAAAUGGUAUGUCUUUGGAUACAUCUUGGAGUUCGCAAGAUGCCAACAAUCAAAAUGUCUUGUAUAUCGUUAGUUAUGUUAAAGAUAACGAAUUUAAAGUGGACUCAGAAAGUGAAGUUCAACAAAAUUUCACAGAAUUUGAUCAGCAUGUUAGCCCAUUGGAUCCAAAUAUGUGUUCUGUGGCGCAAUACAGCCCAGUUUAUAGCUCGGAAAAUUCCAUAUCUUAUAAUAACCCAAUAGUUUUGGUUACCAACAAUGAAUCUCAAGAAAUUCUUUCUAUACCCAAUAAUGGUCAGAUUGUUGAAACUGAAUUACUCAUAAAUGAAUCUGUUGAUGAUCCUGAUGCGCAGACUGUAGUGGAAGAUGUUGGAAAUGAACAAGAAGUUGAGUUAUUAAUAACAGAUCAGAAUACAGGGAUCCAAUACACAGUUACUAAAGAGUAUUUAGUAGAAAGAUGUUUAGCUGAUGAUCAACAUUUACUAGAAAAUUUAGCGCCUGAUACUUUAUUAGAUUCCGAGCUUUUAGCUUUAGAUGAUAACGUUUUAAAAUCACAAUUUUCUGAAAUUGUAGUUGAACCGACUCAAUUAUUGAACGGUUUAGUUAAGGUUAAUAAAAAUGGAAACAAAAUAGAUGAUUCACAUGAAUUAGAUAAAAUGAAAAAUGACGAUGAAUGUAGAAGAUUCUUAAGAAGAACCGAUUGUUGUCCCGAUCCAGAACAAGAAAUGUUAUGUUGCGUGCGUCCAAUUUCAGAUAAACCAGUUCCAACGCGAGCUUGGGCCACCCUCCCAGAACCAUAUUUAAUCAUCCAAAACAUUUCUGAAACCGAAGUCGGCGUUUUUGCUAAAAAAACCAUUCCUAAAUUAACCCAAUUUGGUCCUUUAGAGGGGACAUACAUCGAAUCAAACAACAUUAGCGAUUGCGGAAUAGAAUUUUUCGUUCAAAAUCAACUAAAUCAAGUUCUAAAAAUUGACGUUUCUGAUGAAAACAAUUCGAAUUGGAUGCGGUUUGUUCGACCGGCUGUAACAUUUAAAGAACAAAACUUGGUUCUCGUCGAGAACGAAUCUUUGUUAUAUUUCGUUAAUUACGAUCCAAUUUUACCUAAACACGAGUUGAGAGUUGGUUAUAGUAAAUCGUAUGCGCGAAAAUACAAUUUGAAGGUUUUACCACAAACGGUCGAUGAGACGAAUUUAUGGCCCUGUUAUGAGUGUACAGAAAAGUUUACUUCUUCGGAACUUUUACAGAAUCAUUUAGAUGUGCAUGAUGAUAAAGUUGAUAUUAAAAUUAAAAAGAAACGGAAAAAAAUUGUUCAGAAGAAAGAAAAAGAUGUUUUGGGUUGUAGUGAUGGUGUCAAGGUUGAUGAUAAAGAAAAACAUAAUAUAGUAAGAUCUUUCAAGUGUCGCCAAUGUAAAUUAAUUUUCGAAACAGAAGAUGCAUUAAAAACCCAUUCCUCCCAACAUUUACAAAACAAUCAUAUUUGCGAGGUUUGCGGAAUGUCGUUCGGUUCAGUAUCCCAACUUGAUUACCACUUAAACAUGAAACACGCAACAUCAAAGAAAAGCGGUAAAAAAUCGUUUGAUUGCGUGCUUUGUAGCAAAAGUUUUGCCACAAUCGAACGGCGUCAAAAACACAUGUUGGUUCAUGGAUCCGAAGAAUCGAAACCUUUGCAAUGCGAUAAAUGCAGUCGGCGUUUUAUUAAUAACAGCGCGUUAGCGUAUCAUUUAAAAACUCACAUUGUUGGUAGAAAACAGUUUGAGUGUCCAAUUUGUAAGGAGACGUUUGUUUAUGUGUUACAAUUAAAGUUGCAUGUUAAACAGCAUUGUAUUGAUGGUCAAUACACUUGUCCGCAUUGUCAAAAAUUAUUUACUAAAUACAGUAUUAUCAGGAAACAUAUUAGAGCUUUGCAUUGUGAACGAAAGCAUGCGUGUCAACAGUGUUCGAAACAUUUUCCAACGCUUGAUAAAUUACGCAUGCAUCUAUUGAAACAUUCAGAUCAUCGAGAAUUUGGUUGUGCUGAAUGUGGGAAGCAUUUUAAACGUAAAGAUAAAUUAAAAGAACACUGUCAACGGAUACACUCGGAGGAGCGGGAAAAUGCAGCCCCAAAAUUUGUUCCAAAAGUUGAACCAACCGAUUAUCACCGAUUUAUUUACAAAUGUCACACUUGUAUGGUUGGAUUUAAGCGACGUGGAAUGUUAGUUAAUCAUUUGGCAAAACGACAUCCGGAUAUUAGUCCAAAUUCUGUACCUGAAUUAAAUCUCCCAAUUUUAAGAGCCACAAGAGAUUAUUUUUGUCAAUACUGCGAUAAAGUUUAUAAAAGUUCGAGUAAAAGGAAAGCUCAUAUCUUGAAAAAUCAUCCUGGUGCUGCUUUACCUUUAAGCAAUAAAACUCAUUCAUCUACAGCAGAUUUACCAAAUCCUACUUUUUCACAAACAGUGGGUAGUGUAACAACUCACCCUCAUUCUUGCGAGUUUUGUUAUAAACAAUAUGCUAGUAAGGCAAAGUUGUUGCAACAUUUACGAAAGAAACAUCUAGAUUUAAUACAAAAUGUAGCACAAAAUGAAUCGAAAGAGAUUCGAAACGAUGAAGGGGAAGUCGAGAAAGUUCUUGACGAUGAGAUUUUAACACAUCUUGGUGCUGAUUAUCAAUUAGUGUCAAUUGAGGAGUUUCCACAAGGGGAAUCGGAUUCGAGGUUGUAUCGACUAUUGACUACUACAAACAAUAUGGUACCACCACGUUGAAAUAUAAUUAUAAGAAAAUAUUGUGGUAAUUUGUGAAAACCCUUUGUUUUAAUUAAAAAAAGGGUUUAAACCCGAACAUACGGGUUAAAUAACAAUAAUAAUUUCUGACAAAUCAAGUUUUUGGUUUUAUGUACCGUGGGAUGAACCCGGACGGUUUUCUUCUUACGAUUUGCUGUUUCAAGUCGUUUCGAUCGACAAUUUUCUUUGAUUACAUUUGGAUUUGAUUGUUAAUGUGUAUAAAAAAAAUUGUUCACAUUUAAAACAAAAGUGUUUGUUUUCUACUAACUUAUUAUAGUUUUUAAGGAAGGAAAAAAGAAAAUUAUGUACUUUAUUAUUGGGAAUAAUUGGAUUUAACUUGUUUAUAGAAAAGUUAAGUGCCUCUAUCAAUUGGGUUUUUAUUUAAAUUAAAUUAAAAAAUAUAAUCUCGAAUAACUAAAAAGAUGAAUUAAAAAAAUGUGUAAUAAUUAAUAAUGUUUAGGAAUUUUUAUGUAAAGCUUCCUUAGAAGAAAAAGAUAUGUAGUGAUUUGAUUUUAAGUAGGGUAAAAAAUUGUAGGUUAUGUGUAAAGUUAAGAGUGUCAAAAUUCAAAACUUAAUUUAUUAAUUUAAAUAAAAAAUGCGUUUUACAAUAAAGAUUUUAAGCUUAUAAA